GUGACACGGAGCCUCUAAGGCGAGAGGAAAAUAUCAUCGCCACGUAUGAUCCCAUUCCAAGCUUCUCAGCCCUCCUAAAGAUCUUCUUUCUCCCUCUCCCACUACCUCUCAAUCUUCAACCAAAUUUUUCCAUGCACCCAAUUUUUUUCCCCUCAAAUCACACUCCCAAUUUUAUUUGUCUCGCCCAUUUUCCCGGAUUCUCCGUCUCGUCCCCGAAAUUUUACUUUCAACACAGAUCAGUUCUGCAAACUACAACUGCACUGUGAAAUCAAACUUACGAAAUCACAAGUGGCAAGACUUAGUCUGCUGAACAAAUGCUAUUUGUUGUAAGCUGCUGCAAUUUUCAGGGAGAUGCAUUUUGCUGCGUUCUUUUUUUUUUUUCCGGUUUGAGAAUGUUUUUGAAGUUUGAUUUUGCUUUUUGUCUGUAAAUGCUCAGGUAACAAAAUAUCUGUGCAUCCUGCACGGGGAAUGUUGAAUUACGAUAUCUAAGUUUUGACUGGAAGCUGGUUUUGGUAUUAAAGGCAUAAGGAAAUACCUAGGAACUAGAUAUUUCCUUCAAUGGCUGCUUCUAGUGACAGGUGGAUUGACCGCCUUCAGUUUUCUUCAUUGUUCUGGCCUCCCCCACCGGAUGGUCAACAAAGAAAGGAUCAAAUUACUGCCUAUGUUGAGUACUUUGUUCAGUUUACAUCAGAACAAUUUCCUGAAGAUAUUGCUGAGUUGAUCCGAAACCGAUAUCCUUCAAAGGAAAUGAUCCUCUUUGAUGAUGUUUUGGCGACUUUUGUCCUUCAUCAUCCAGAGCAUGGGCAUGCAGUUGUACUUCCAAUUAUUUCUUGCAUUAUUGAUGGUAUACUAGUCUAUGAUAAGACUAGCCCUCCAUUUGCUUCUUUCAUAUCCUUAGUCUGCCCAGAAAGUGAGAAUGAAUUCUCUGAACAAUGGGCACUGGCGUGUGGUGAAAUUUUGAGAAUUUUAACUCAUUACAAUCGCCCCAUAUUCAAAAUAGAAAGACAACACAGUGAAAUUGAAAGAAGCACCAGUGGCAACCAUGCAACGACAAGUAAUCCUAUUGAUGGGGAAUCUAACCGUUAUUCCACACCACAGGAGAAGAAACCUAUAAGGCCUCUGUCUCCUUGGAUUACUGACAUAUUGCUGGCUGCACCCCUGGGAAUUAGAAGUGACUAUUUCCGGUGGUGCAGUGGUGUUAUGGGUAAAUAUGCUGCAGGAGAACUCAAGCCACCUGCAGCUGCUUCUUCUUGUGGUUCUGGAAAACAUCCUCAGCUCAUGCCGUCAACUCCUAGGUGGGCUGUGGCCAAUGGUGCUGGUGUUAUAUUAAGUGUUUGUGAUGAAGAAGUUGCUCGCUAUGAGACUGCUACUUUAACAGCAGCAGCUGUCCCCGCUCUUUUACUUCCUCCUCCCACAACGGCUUUGGAUGAGCAUCUUGUUGCAGGAUUACCAGCUCUUGAACCAUAUGCACGUUUAUUUCAUAGAUACUAUGCCAUUGCUACUCCAAGUGCCACACAAAGACUACUCCUUGGAUUGCUAGAAGCUCCCCCAUCAUGGGCUCCAGAUGCACUUGAUGCUGCUGUGCAGCUUGUGGAGCUUCUUCGAGCUGCUGAAGAUUAUGCUUCUGGCAUUAGGCUUCCUAGAAAUUGGAUGCAUUUGCAUUUCUUGCGUGCUAUAGGGACUGCAAUGUCCAUGAGAGCUGUUAUAGCUGCUGAUGCUGCAGCUGCUUUGCUUUUCCGCAUCCUUUCACAACCUGCAUUACUUUUUCCUCCACUUAGGCAAGUUGAUGGAGUUGAAGUUCAGCAUGAACCUUUGGGUGGUUACGUUUCAUCCUAUAGAAAGCAGAUAGAAGUUCCUGCAGCUGAAGCUACUAUUGAGGCUACUGCCCAAGGCAUUGCAUCAAUGCUUUGUGCCCAUGGGCCUGAGGUUGAAUGGAGAAUCUGUACCAUCUGGGAAGCAGCUUAUGGUCUGAUUCCUUUGAGUUCCUCAGCCGUUGAUCUUCCAGAAAUUGUUGUUGCUACUCCAUUGCAACCUCCCAUACUUUCAUGGAAUUUGUUUAUACCUCUUCUUAAGGUCUUGGAAUAUCUUCCUUGUGGCAGUCCCUCUGAAGCUUGUCUAAUGAAAAUAUUUGUUGCUACGGUUGAAGCUAUUCUUAAGAGGACAUUUCCAUCUGAGCCAUCCAGAGAACAUAACAGAAAAACUAGAUACUUCUCUGGAAUGGGGUCUGCUUCCAAAAACCUUGCUGUGGCAGAACUUCGUACUAUGAUCCAUUCACUCUUUUUAGAAUCAUGUGCGUCUGUAGAACUUGCUUCUCGUCUACUUUUUGUUGUUUUAACAGUUUGUGUUAGUCACGAAGCACGAUACAAGAGAAGUGAGAAACCAAGAGGUGAAGAUAAUUCUUUGACACAGGAAAGCAUUGGGGACUUGCAAGCAAUAUCUGAAAGUCGGAAAGAAGCAAAUAAUAAGUUCAAGAAACAAGGUCCUGUAGCAGCAUUUGAUUCCUAUGUUUUAGCUGCUGUAUGUGCUCUUGCCUGUGAGCUUCAGUUGUUCCCUUUGGUUUCAGCAGGGAGCAACCAUUCAACUUCCAACAAUUUACAAGAUGGACCCAAGCCUGUUGAGGUAAAUGAAUCGUCACAUGAUUUGCGAAGUGGUAUAAAUUCAGCAAUACGCCACACUCGCAGAAUUUUAACAAUUCUAGAGGCACUGUUUUCAUUGAAGCCAUCUUCUGUUGGCACUCCAUGGAGUCACAGCUCAAAUGAAAUAGUUGCCGCAGCAAUGGUUGCUGCCCAUGUUUCUGAACUAUUCAGACAGUCAAAAGCUUGUAUGCAUGCUCUGUCUGUUUUGAUGCGGUGCAAAUGGGACAAUGAAAUUCACUCUAGGGCAUCGUCCUUAUACAAUCUCAUAGACAUUCACAGCAAAACAGUUGCAGCCUUUGUUAACAGGGCAGAGCCAUUGGAAGCAAACUUAGUUCAUGCAUCUAUUUGGAAGGGUUCCCUUGUUCCUUCAAAUAGUGAAAGGCAAAAUCAAUCUGAAAACACUCGCGGCUUUGAUCCUGGGCAGACAUCUGUCUCUCCUUCUCAGGAGGAUUUAGCCCCUUCUGAACCUAAUCAUGAAUCUGCAAAAACUUCAUACUCAAAUGAAGCAUCAGGUUAUGCAUUGGGUAAGGGUAUCACUAGUUUCUCAUUGGAUGCCUCAGAUCUAGCCAACUUCCUUACCAUGGACAGGUAUAUAGGAUUUAAUUGCAGCACACAAAUAUUUCUGCGAUCCAUGCUGGCAGAGAAACGAGAGUUAUGUUUCUCAGUUGUGUCAUUGCUAUGGCACAAAUUAAUUGCAUCUCCUGAAACACAACCUUGCGUGGAAAGCACUUCUGCCCAACAGGGAUGGAGACAGGUUGUUGAUGCAUUAUGCAAUGUUGUAUCAGCAUCACCAACGAAAGCAGCUACAGCAAUUGUGCUUCAGGCGGAGAGGGAAUUGCAGCCCUGGAUUGCUAGAGAUGAUGAUGUAGGACAGAGGAUGUGGAGAAUUAAUCAGCGAAUUGUAAAGUUGAUUGUGGAACUAAUGAGGAAUCAUGAUAAUGCCGAAUCAAUGGUAAUUGUAGCUAGUGCAUCGGAUUUUCUACUUAGAGCCACUGAUGGGAUGCUGGUUGAUGGAGAAGCUUGCACUUUACCCCAGUUGGAGCUAUUGGAAGCUACAGCUAGGGCAGUUCAGCCAGUCCUGGAGUUCGGAGAAUCUGGACUCGCAGUGGCAGGUGGCCUCUCAAACCUGUUGAAGUGUCGCCUACCAGCUACUGUUCAAUGCCUUUCUCAUCCCAGUGCACUUGUAAGGGCUCUGAGCACAUCAGUACUUAGAGAUAUAUUGCACACCGGCUCAAUCAGACCCAGCCCUAGCCCUAAAUUAGCAAGAAUAGAUGGCAUGCAGAACCCUAACUCCUCCUAUCAUUUUUUCAAUAUGUAUGUGAUUGAUUGGCAAGCUGAUGUAGAAAAAUGCUUGUCUUGGGAAGCUCACAGCCGUCUUUCCAAUGGAAUGUCUAUUGAGUUUCUUCAUGCAGCUGCCAAAGAAUUAGACUGUACUAUUUCCUUGUGAGACUAAACUAUGUAGAGCUGUUUUCUCAUAGUUUAUGUCAAUUUUUAUGCUAUUUUGUAGGGACACAAGUUAUUCGUGCUUUGAAACUUAUGGGUUUGCAAGUAUUGGUGGUAGCCAUUCUAGUUAUGUUGCUUCAGUUACUCUGUGUCUUGUUUUCUGACACCAUGGUGAAACCUAGUUCUGCUGCUUUCCAUUUCAA